GUGGAGCUGGCCAAGCAAAACGUCGCCUGUAUCGUCCUGGCAGCCGGGCAGCCGGAGGAGGAAUUGGCCCGGCAAGACGUCGAGAAAGUUCAGCAGUUCGAGGAGCAAGGCUUGAUGAAAAUUCUUGACGGCCCCGUGCCCUUCUGCGACCUCUUCCCGCAGGUGGAUGCUGCCAUCCUUCAUGGUGGGCUCGGGGUCACCUCCGAAGCGCUGAAGGCCGGCAUCCCUGUCAUCACCAGCGGCAUCCUCCUCAUGGACCAGCGCUUUUGGGCAGCUCGCCUUUACGAAAAGAAGUGUGGAUCCAAAGCGAUCCCGGUUGAUGCGCUUGCCAAGGACAUCUCCACGUCAGGACCCCCGGUUUGGGUGGGUUCCUAG